UAUGCACUCACACACAACAAUUGUAACCCAUAAAACUGAUCUUAUUCUUGAACCCAAAAUUUGAAGAAAAAGAUGUCUUCAUAAGGAUGGUUCUCUGCUGCUUUCCCUCCACCGAUAGGAGAAAAACAUAGCUGCUCUAUUUCUCUCUACCUUACAGAGAUAGCUAUGACACGAGUUUCUCUUGCCACCAUAAAGAAAACAGUCUCUUACCUAACUUCACACUCACUUCCCAACUCACCUCACACAUAAAACCCCAAUUCUCAUGCAGCAUAACCCACACAACUCUUCCUCAUUUUCACUUCAAAGCACUACUUCAGGCCAUUGUGGAUACUUGAAGAAAGGCCAGAAAAAUGGUGAAUCAAAUCUUCUCACUGUCUCCACUAAUAGUGAUCUUCCUCUGCUUCCCCACAGGUUUUGCUCAGUCUCCAGCGCAAGCUCCAGUUGCUCAGUCUCCAGUUGCUCAGCCUCCACCGAAAGCUCCAGUGGCACCAGGUCCAGUACCGUCAGGUCCACCCAACAUCACUGCAAUCCUUGAGAAGCAAGGUCACUUCUCCACCUUAAUUCGCCUACUAAAGACCACAAACAUGGAUAGUGUGAUUACCUCACAGCUCAACGACUCAAGCCAAGGCCUAACCGUAUUUGCCCCAAGCGAUAAGGCCUUUUCUAAGCUCUCAGCAGGUUCUCUAAACUCAUUCAACAACGAGCAGAAGGCCCGGCUCAUAAAAUUGCAUCUCAUCUCUUCCUUCCUCUCCCAACCCGAGUUCCAAACUGUAAGCAACCCGUUGAACACGGAGGCUGGCAGUAAUGGUCAGUACCCGCUAAAUGUAACAGUAUCAGGCACUGAGGUGAAGUUAACAACUGGAAUGGUUAAUACAACAAUAUCCAGCACAAUUUAUGCCGAUGGCCAACUAGCCGUAUAUCAGGUGGAUAAGGUGCUCCUUCCAUUACAUUUUUCUGGAACUCCAUCACCUGAACCGGCACCUGCACCUGCUACUGCAACUGCAUCUACAUCUUCAUCUUCAUCUGCAUCUGCAUCUGCAUCUGCGCCUUCCAAGCCCGAUAAAGCGGAUCAACCUCCUUCAGUUUCCACUGCCGAUUCCUCAGUUCAAGCUUCUGGUGCAAUUACCAUGAUUCACCAUGCGAUGUCAUUCGCAUAUUUGGUCGUUGUUGGCAUUGUCUUCAUACAUUGGACUUAAGAGUUGUUUGAUGUUGAUUACACCGAAAUGAUUGCAUUUUUCCCCCC